CUCACAGGAGUGCGUGAGAGUCUCUCUUCUCAUCUUGUCAUCUGUGAAUAUGCUCAUUUAAAAAACUUGUUAAUUUUAGAGCAAAUCCCUAGGAGAAGAUGACCGUGUUCUUUAAAACGCUUAGAAAUCAUUGGAAGAAAACUACAGCUGGGAUCUGUCUGCUGACAUGGGGAAGCCAUUGGCUGUAUGGAAAACACUGUGAUAACCUGCUAAGGAGAGCUGCCUGCCAAGAAGCUCAGGUGUUUGGCAACCAACUCAUUCCUCCCAAUGCACAAGUGAAGAAGGCCACGGUUUUUCUCAAUCCUGCAGCUUGCAAAGGCAAAGCAAGGACUCUAUUUGAGAAAAAUGCUGCCCCAAUUUUACACUUAUCUGGCAUGGAUGUGACAGUCGUCAAGACCGAUUAUGAGGGCCAAGCCAAGAAACUUCUGGAACUGUUGGAAAACACAGACGUGAUCAUUGUUGCAGGCGGGGAUGGGACACUGCAGGAGGUAAUUACUGGAGUUCUCCGAAGAGCAGAUGAGGCUUCCUUCAGUAAAAUUCCCAUUGGAUUUAUCCCACUGGGACAGACCAGUAGUUUGAGUCAUACUCUCUUUGCCGAAAGUGGAAACAAAGUCCAACAUAUUACAGAUGCUACACUUGCCAUUGUGAAAGGAGAGACCAUUCCACUUGAUGUCUUGCAGAUCAAGGGUGAAAAGGAACAGCCCGUGUUUGCAAUGACUGGCCUUCGAUGGGGAUCCUUCAGAGAUGCUGGCGUCAAAGUUAGCAAGUACUGGUAUCUUGGUCCCCUAAAAACCAAAGCGGCUCACUUCUUCAGUACUCUUAAGGAGUGGCCGCAGACUCAUCAAGCCUCUAUCUCGUACACGGGACCCACAGAGAGACUUCCCAGUGGAGCAGAAGAGACCCCUCCGCGGCCCUCUCUGUACAGGAGAAUACUGCGAAGGCUCGCGUCGUACUGGGCCCAGCCACAGGACGCCCUUUCCCAGGAGGUGAGGCCCGAGGUCUGGAAAGAAGUGCAGCUGUCCACCAUUGAGCUGUCCAUCACCACGCGGAACAGCCAGCCGGACCUGAUGAGCAACGAAGACUUCAUGAACAUCUGCAUUGAACCCGACACUGUCAGCAAAGGGGACUUCAUAACCAUAGGAAGCAAAAAGGUGAGGGACCCCAGGCUGCGUGCUGCCGGCACCGAGUGUCUCCAGGCUAGCAAGUGCACCCUGCUGCUUCCCGAGGGAACCGAGGGCUCUUUCAGCAUCGACAGCGAGGAGUACGAGGCGAUGCCCGUGGAGGUGAAGCUGCUGCCCCGCAAGCUGCAGUUCUUCUGCGACCCCAGGAAGCGAGAGCAGCUGCUGCCGCCCUCUGCCCAGUGAGCCGAGAGCCCGGAGGGCAACUCCCGGUGGGACCAAAAGGGAGCAGAGGCCUCCCCCCUCCCCGCAGGGCUUCUCCCGGCCAGUACCCGCCCCUUUGAAGCGCUCCCUCAGGGCUCCCCAGCCCGCCUCCCGGCUGCGCAUGCUCCUCCGUCCCUGGGCCACUGUCUCCCCUCCGUGCCGCCAUCCCCAGGCCGGGUCCACCAGGGGCCCACGUGCAGUGGAGGGAAAGGGGCCGGGACUUGAGGGAGGUGCCUGCCUUCCCCACCGCCGCCCCCUGUCUAGGCCUCUCCACGGGUGCUGCUACCUUCUGAGCGCAGAUUCCAUUGUAGCUGGUCCCCCUCCUCCCCUCAGUCGUGGCUGAGACGCUGUAAGAUACGAGUUUGUAUUAUUUUCUCAAGUAGUGCUUAAGUCUUGGUUUGCAUGAGAACCAGCUGGGGUGCAUGUUGAAAACCUAGCAACUCAAUCUGGGGCCCCAGGAUCUGCAUUGCUAAGAAAGCGGGCACCCUUCCCCAGGUGCGACUACUCCGCGAGGUCCCCCAGCCUUCGCUGGCCAGUGUUGUAAAAGCACACCAUCCGCGCACCCCUACAAGCAUUGGGGAAGAUCCUGUAUCCCUCACACUUUCUAGAUAUCAACUUACGAGUUGCCUAUAUGUGUAUUUCCUGGUGUCAUGUAAAUAUUAUUUUAAAAUAAAGCUGUUAUAUCACUCUUUUAAA